GUACAACACUAGUAUCGCGGCCUAUAAUAAAGAGAGGGUAUGGCCGGUAUUGCCCCGCUGACGAUCAGGGUCUUCCUGAAUUUCUCCAUUAUUCGACACCCUCAGGAUGGCUGUCGACCCCUCGGUGUUUACUCCCUGGUUCGGCCCGCAGCAGGCGGCAAACUACUUCCGCUCUCUAAUUUCCGACGAGGUUUCAGAGACACAGGUCUUGGACAUCAACCUUUGUCUACUACGUUGUGUUCAUGACGGAGGAAUAACCCCCAAGAUCUUUGCCGUAUGGCUAUUUCUUGCCCAUCCAAAAUUCCCUUGCAUCCUUGAAGACGCCCUGCGCGACGAGGCGUCGCGUGGUGUGCGAAAGACCGGCAUAAAUGUGCUGAAAUGUGCCUUGAGAACAGACCAGUGGUGGAAGAACGGUUGGGAGGCAGUUGGUGGCACAGCGGGUCUAAAGGAUAUCUUCGAGAAGCUAAGCAUCCAGGAGGCGAGGAGCCUGGCAAGAGCCAUCGGGUCGUGCUCGAACACCAGCGAUCCUCUCCUACAACAGGUAAUCGAUGAGCUGCUUCAUCGGUUGCUCCCCGAUUUCUUCGAGUCCUCAUCGACCCCGGUCCCUGGCGACUCUCAACAGCUACUCAAAUUGGAGGAUGUUAUGUCGUUAUUCAACCUGUCCAGCGACGCCACUCUGACGAAAGUCUUCUCAACACCCCUGUCCGACGACGUCAUGUGCCCCCUGAUGCGACAACUGCUCAACUCUCAUAUGUUGCUACUAAGGCAUAUUGCCGUCGGGGCUGUCCCGGUCCAUCCUCCGCUCCGGAAGCGUUUGUUGGACCAGCAUCUCGCUGCGUUGCUUACAUCGAUUGAAUCCUACGAGUCGCGGUUUGGUCAAGGCAGACAAACUGGCUUCCCGGCCAUCGAUUUCACCUUGGACCUUUUUGCUAGCGAGUUUGAUGUUUCCGAAAAGGCGCGAGUGGUUAAUUGGCAUACGCGCAUUCGGUGCAUCAAUAUCACUCUCACAGCCUCCCGCCGCCGAAAAGUGCCUUUCGACGCUAUUUUCGCCUUUCUUCAGCAGGUAAUGCCAGACCUAAGGCAUUCGGAACGGAGGCUCACCGAUUGGGUGCCCCUCCUGUACUCAUUAAUAGAAAUGUGGGUCAUUGCCGCUUUCCCAGAUGCACAUCUAGAUUCGAUUUCUGAUGCACCUGCUGCUCGUUAUCGGGAGCAACUGCAUCCGUCUCGACCAAGAAUCAGCCAAAAGAAUUCUUUGGAGUCAAUGCUUCGAACAGUCAUUUGCACCCUAUCAACCGAUCAGUUUCAACAUUGCCUCAGAACCCUUCUUCCUAAGACCAUUCCGAAAGCAAGGCUUUCCUUACUCAAAAUUCUCUGCAAGAACCUGCAUUACCUGAACAUUGAUCUGGACCAGCCUAUGCCGUCAGAGAAGGAGCACAAACUUGUGCCAUGGAGUUGGUCGUUGCUCAUGUCUCUUCCCGGUCGCGAUGCUAGAUGGUUACUUGAGCGCGCCGCAUUGCUGACGCCGAAUCGGAGUUUGACCAAGCUUUUCGUCUUCGAGUGGCCAGCAAGCGCAGGGGACGCGUCGUAUUUCCGAGACGCCUUGAUCCGAGUUCACUUGGACGCUAUGGACAAGGAAGCAGCUGGUCCGGUGAACCUGGGAGCCCGCGAUUUAAUCGAAGAAGUGAAGCUCAAGGCUGCAAAAGCCCGUGACCCGGAAGAUCGGCUGCAGUGGGCUAAGCUCACGAUCACCAUCGCAAAGAUGAGCCGAGAUAUUCGCCACGUACAAGAUGUCAUCCUUUGGACAUCGCGCUUCCUGCGGGAUCCGUUUGUGAGACCAGAGCUCGCCAGAAGGAUUUAUCGGGAGGAUGUUGCAUCCGUUCUCUCAUGUGUGGCGUCGCCAACACUGGAAGAGCUCGCAGCUAAUGUAGCCAUUGCUGAUGAGGUGAUAUAUAAUCUUCUGGAACAAGCGCUUCUAACUGUGCAAGAACCGUGGUAUCAGGUUGACCAGGAUCGUGAUUUUCGCCAGCUACUUAAGCUCGUCGUUUCUAGCCGGAUAAAUGCGGUGAAGCGCCUAUGUUUCAGUGGCCUAGGGAGCGAGCAGGACGUGGUGAACACGCUCUUCGAAGGGAUAGUGCCAUUACUGCUGAGAUGUGAAACGUUGGGUAGUACGGAAGGAUACGAAUCCCUUGGCUGGGGACAAUUGUCCGGCCCACUGACAGAACUCUAUUGCCCUCAGAACCCACCAGUCUCGAUCCUAAAGCUCCUGGAUUCGCUCGCACAGCACCGAGAUCUUCUUUGGAUCAAACAGCGUAGUCUUCGCAUCCCAGAAACCGAAUCUCUGCCUGAGGGCCUACCGCGAGGCCUCCCGCUUCAGUUUCUCCUUCCGUCACUGAAAUGGACGAUAGCGGUGAUAAAACAUAUAGGGCCUAGCGCCUUUGUCACGGAAAGAGUGACCGAAGUUGUGUUCUCGAAUCCUGGUUUGCUCCUCACAAUGGUCAAGGAGGAUAAACGCCUAGAGUACUUGGUGGAUAGUUUAAGGUUUGCAAUCGAGGCUUACCUCGGCCAUCUGCCGGUCGCUGAACGGGGGAAAACAAUCCUGGAGAUUUGGAGGCAUUACUCAGAGAGAAUUCCAUCUUCUGUAGGCCACCUGGAGGUCUUCAAGCAAUACAUGUGCUCCUUGCUGGAAUCCAGGAAGUUACGGAAAAUGGCGAGGAUCAUCGACCCUCCCCAGUUGCCUUCUGUGGAUAUAUUCAUGAAUAUGUCACGCGAGUCACCAAGCCUCGAAUGGGAGCCCCGAUCAGCAAAUGUACCACAAAAUGCACAAGGCUCCUGGGAUGGUUCAUUAUUACAAGUUCGAUUGUUGACCCGAAAGGUAGAAGGAUCUUUACAGACAUUAUUGACAGGUCCUCGUCCCCGCAUCUGGUGGUCAUCACCUAAGAAACCCAAGGCCUUCGAUAUAUGGCGGCCCAAAUAUAGUCCUCGAAGACUUUCCUGCCAGUAUCGAGAAUCACUCAUUGUCUCCGCCCUCUUGUUUCUCGGCAGUCUAGCCUCUAAGGCGGACCGGAUCCUGUCCAAGCCAUUCCCCGAGAAUACAGAUAUUCUUCGGUAUCCACCAGUGCACCUGGAUUACGAGUUUAUGGCCACCAUCGAUGACCAGAGAAAAGCAGCAACUGCAGCUAUCUCUCUUCUCAAUGGCUUGGUCAAGAUGGUAUCACCCACCCUCCUGUAUCAUCUUUCGCUGUCCCUCUUGGAAACUCUCCACGGACUUGAAGGCACAUCGCCAAGAUAUGCACUAGUUCAGCGACUUGCAUUCGAGUCAAUGGCGCUGGUGCGGCGGUCGGACCGGCCCGAACUAGCUGCGAAGCUAGGUCUGAAAGCCCUUCAGCUAUUUCCGGAAGCUUCGUCCUGGCACCGGAUGGCAUUCCCUUCGUCGAUCGCCAGAGUUCUCAGUCGUGCCAAUGCAGACCGAGUGAUACAAGAUUUCACUGGCUAUGUCUUCAAGGCAUUAGAGGAGCAGAAGCAGUCAACGAUUUCGGAACAGGGUAAUGUAAAACCAGGAAGAAUUAUCAUCAAGAUCACGACUGUGAAGAUGCUGGCUACUCUGCUGGCCCAAAGCAGAUCUGGCGCGUCACCCUUCUCCGCCGUUGAAGCGUUGAAGGACCUCUUUUACGCCAGUAACCAUAUCGAUGUCCGGGUAGCGGUGUGCACCGCUCUACUGGAAAUCGUUGGAGAGUCCAAACACAGUGAACAAGCUUACCAAACAUUUACGUCGCUCAUACCCUAUGCCGCAGUGCCGAGCGAAACCAGCCCCUGUGGAUCUUGGUUGCAAUCAGAUGACGCCGAUCUUCCAAGAGUGGAUUGGCAACGGCCCCUACUCGACUUAUUUACCAAAGAGGCGUGCAACAAACUGCCUGCAAAAUACCUUGAAAACUAUACAUCCAUGGCACUUUUACCCCUCCUUGACGAACUAACAAGACACCAUAACCGAUGGAUGCGCCAGUUCCUUUCUCCCCUUGAUCUCACACCCGAAGAGCAGUCUGUGACAGACUUUGGCCCUUUCGAACCAGACCUGAUUCAAACAUUGAUGGAUCGGUGGUAUGAAUACCUGCCCCGAGAAUUCCUACUCAGGUACCGGGCUUGGAUUCUAAGCUACAUUGAUUGCAUUCGUCUCCGGAGCGUUGACGAUAAAAUGACUUGGAAAGACGGAUCAUGGCGGAGAUCUGACUCAUAUUCUCACUGGAGUAGGUGGUUUGGCGUUCAUGCUGGAAUAAAAUCUUUCCAUACGCUAUUGGGGAAGAUUGAUGCCAAGAAAACCACCAAAGUUGGGAAUGGCAUAACCCGCGAAGAUCUCGCGGAUGUGCUUAUGGCGUGUGCGGAAACGUUUCUUCGGAACCCAUACAAGCUAUUGUCCUAUCGGGUCGACGUGUCCCUGGACCGAAUUAUGAAUCUACUUUCUACGCUAGGCAUUACCAACUCGGAACGUCGUACUGACGUUUUGCCGAUUGCUGAACGAAUAGUAGCAUUCGCGCAGGAGUUGCGAACGGUGGAAUGGAGUUACGACCCACAUCGCAGCCCUCCUGUCCUCCCCUCGAGAUUCCAGCUCCAAACUUUGCUUCUUCCGUUUCCUCAGUUCUACAAAGAAGAUCCUUACCGUUACGUCCGGUUUGUAUCCAGCACGCUGAGUUUGGUCCAGGAAUGUGUCUGCUUUGACACGUACAUCGCCGAUAGAGCUGUUCUCCAAGAGGCGAUGAACCACGUAACGAAAGAGGAUGCGCGACAAUGUGCAUUGGAAUUCGGCCAGCGGUAUGAGUCCAGCCCAACUACACUUGUACAGCACGUAAGAGUAUGGCUAGCGCAGGUUUUGGCACUGAAAUGCAACAUGCACAAUGACGAGAAGGACUUGACGGGACGAGCAAUGAUGUUGCAGUGGAGGAACAGCCCAAAUGAGUCCAUCCGGUCUAUCGGGUGGUCCAUAUACCCCAAAGCCAUGUGACCUUUUGCCAUAAGAUGCAUGUACUCUAACUUUCGCAAUAUGAUACAUCAC